AUGCCUUGCCCAGCUCUUGGAGAAAGAGCCGUCUCCUCUGGGUUCAACGCCAUCCAGAUGACCAACGAGUUGUACGCCGAGACGUCCAAGAUAUCACGGAGGAUCCCACCAGCCCGUCCCCAGGGACCCCUUCUAAAGACCACGGAGGAUCCCACCAGCCCGUCCCCAGGGACCCCUUCUAAAGACCAAGGAACCAGGAGGAUCCCACCAGCCCAUCCCCAGGGACCCCUUCUAAAGACCACGGAGGAUCCCACCAGCCCGUCCCCAGGGACCCCUUCUAAAGACCAAGGAACUCGGAGGAUCCCACCAGCCCGUCCCCAGGGACCCCUUCUAAAGACCACGGUGGGUCCCACCAGCCCGUCCCCAGGGACCCCUUCUAAAGACCACGGAGGAUACCCCAGGAGGAUACCACCAGGAGGAUUUCACCAGGAGGAUACCCCAGGAGGAUAUCACCAGGAGGAUACCACCAGGAGGAUACCCCAGGAGGAUACCACCAGGAGGAUCCCACCAGGAGGAUACCACCAGGAGGAUACCACCAGGAGGAUAUCACCAGGACAAUAUCACCAGGAGGAUCCCACCAGGAGGAUAUCACCAGGAGGUUCCCACCAGGAGGAUAUCACUAGGACGAUACCCCAGGAGGAUAUCACCAGGAGGAUCCCGCCAGGAGGAUAUCACCAGGAGGAUAUCACCAGGAGGAUCCCACCAGGAGGAUAUCACCAGGAGGAUAUCACCAGGAGGAUCCCACCAGGAGGAUAUCACCAGGAGGAUCCCACCAGGAGGAUAUCACCAGGAGGAUACCCCAGGAGGAUACCACCAGGAGGAUCCCACCAGGAGGAUAUCACCAGGAGGAUCCCACCAGGAGGAUAUCACCAGGACGAUAUCACCAGGAGGAUCCCUACAGGAGGAUACCACCAGGAGGAUUUCACCAGGAGGAUAUCACCAGGAGGAUCCCACCAGAAGGAUCCCACCAGGGGGGUAUCACCAGGAGGAUACCACCAGGAGGAUACCACCAGGAGGAUACCACCAGGAGGAUAUCACCAGGAGGAUAUCACCAGGACGAUAUCACCAGGAGGAUACCACCAGGAGGAUACCACCAGGAGGAUAUCACCAGGAGGAUACCCCAGGAGGAUAUCACCAUGA